AUGACCACUACCGAAAUCCCCUCCUUUCCCUUCAAGCGUGCUUCUGGCCUCGCGCCACCGGCCGAAUACGCUCGUCUUCGCGCCACAAACCCCGUGUCUCGCGUCAAGCUCUUUGACGGGUCCAUCGCAUGGCUGGUGACGAAGUACAAGGACGUCUGCGCCGUGGCGACCGAUACUCGCUUAUCCAAGGAGCGCACAAGGCCCGGCUUCCCCGAGCUCAGCGCCGGCGGCAAAGCAGCCGCCAAAAACAAGCCGACGUUCGUCGACAUGGACCCUCCAGCUCACAUGCAGCAACGAUCUAUGGUCGAGCCGCUCUUCGUGAAGGGGCAUGUCGAGACGAUGAAGCCGUACAUCCAGAAGACGGUUGAACAGCUUCUUGAUCAGAUGAUCCAGAAAGGAUGCAAGGAGCCCGUUGAUCUGAUCGAGAGCUUUGCCCUCCCGGUUCCAUCCUACAUCAUCUACACCAUCCUCGGCGUCCCCUUCGAAGACCUCGAGUACCUUACUCAACAAAACGCAAUCCGCACGAACGGCAGCGGAACAGCCCUGCAAGCCCAAGCCGCAAACCAGGAACUUCUCGAUUAUCUUGCAAACCUCGUCGAAAAGCGCUCCGAAUCCCCCAAGGACGACCUCAUCAGCAAGCUCGUUGUCGAGCAGCUUAAGCCAGGCCAUAUCGAAAAGUCCGACGCCGUCCAGAUCGCCUUCUUGCUUCUGGUUGCCGGCAACGCCACGAUGGUCAACAUGAUUGCGCUCGGCGUCAUCGAACUCAUCCGCAACCCUUCGCAGCUCGCUGAGCUCAAAGCCGACCCGUCACUUGCGAAAGCCUUCGUCGAAGAGCUGUGCAGAUAUCACACUGGCUCCUCGAUGGCGAUGAAGAGGGUUGCCAAAGAGGACAUCGUUCUUGGUGGUCAAACCAUCAAGGCGGGCGAGGGCAUCAUAGCCGCCAACGCAUCUGGCAACCGCGACGAGGAAGUCUUCACGAACCCAGACGUCUUCGACAUGCACCGCACCCCAGAUCCCAACCACGCUCUGGGAUUUGGAUUCGGCCCGCAUAGAUGUGUCGCCGAACCUCUCGCCCGCGCCGAGAUGGAGACGGUAUUCGCAACCCUCUUCCAAAAGCUCCCCGAGCUCAAGAUUGCCGUGCCUAUCUCCGAGCUGGAGUACACCCCUCUUCACAAGGAUGUCGGCGUGGCAAAACUACCGGUGACAUGGUAA